UCACCGCCUGCACCUGGAGAGCUGUGUCACCAUGUGGGUCCUGGUUGUCUUCCUCACCCUGUCCGUGACGUGGAUUGGCGCUGCACCCCUCAUCCUGUCUCGGAUUGUGGGAGGCUGGGAGUGCGAGAAGCAUUCCCAACCCUGGCAGGUGCUUGUGGCCUCUCAUGGCAGGGCAGUCUGCGGGGGUGUUCUGGUGCACCCCCAGUGGGUCCUCACAGCUGCCCACUGCAUCAGGAGCAACGGCGUGAUCUUGCUGGGUCGGCACAACCUGUUUCAUCCUGAAGACACAGGCCAGGUAUUUCAGGUCAGCCACAGCUUCCCACACCCGCUCUACAACAUGAGCCUCCUGAAGAAUCAGUUCCUCAGGCCAGGUGACGACUCCAGCCACGACCUCAUGCUGCUCCGCCUGUCAGAGCCUGCCGAGAUCACAGAUGCUGUGAAGGUCCUGGACCUGCCCACCUGGGAGCCAGCACUGGGGACCACAUGCUACGCCUCGGGCUGGGGCAGCAUCGAACCUGAGGAGUACUUGACUCCAAAGAAACUUCAGUGUGUGGACCUCCAUAUUAUAUCCAAUGAUGUGUGUGCGCAAGUUCACUUUCAGAAGGUGACCGAGUUCAUGCUGUGUGCUGGAAGCUGGACGGGCGGCAAAAGCACCUGCUCGGGUGAUUCUGGGGGCCCACUGGUCUGUAACGGUGUGCUUCAAGGUAUCACGUCAUGGGGCAGUCAACCAUGUGCCCUGCCCCAAAAGCCUUCCCUGUACACCAAGGUGGUGCAUUACCGGAAGUGGAUCAAGGACACCAUCAUGGCAAACCCCUGAGCACCCCGUCAACUCCCUACUUGUAGCAAAAAAAAAAAAAAAAAAAAAAUCCACCUCAAGUUCUGGCAUCACUCGGCCGUUCUAGACACCAGGCACUUGGAACCUUGGAAAUGACCGGGCCAGGGCUCAAGCCUCCCCAGUUCUAUUAACCUUUGUCCUCAGGUGUGGGGUCCAGGGUUGCUAGGAAAAGAAAUCAGCAGACACAGGUGUAGACCAGAGUGUUUCUUAAAUGGGUGUAAUUUUGUCCUCUCCGUGUCCUGGGGGACACUGGCCAUGCCUGGAGACAUCUCACUCAGUUUCUUUGAGGACCCAGAUGGGAUGGGGUGUCUGUGUUGUUUGUGGGGUACAGAAAUGAAGGAGGGGUGGGGUCCACACUGAGAGAGUAGACAAUGACACGUGCUGGAGGCUGUGCAUGAAGCACUGAGCAGAAGCUGGAGGCAGAACGCACCAGACACUCACAGCAAGGAUGGAGCUGAAAACAUAAUCCACUCUGUCUUGGAGGCACUGGGAAGCCUAGAGAAGGCUGUGAACAGAGGAGGGAGGGUCUUCCUGUGGCAUGGGAUGGGGAUGAAGUAAGGAGAGGGACUGGACCCCCUGGAAGCUGAUUCACCAUGGGGAGAGGUGUGUCGAGGUCCCCCAGACAACCCUCAGAUUUGAUGAUUUCCUAGUAGAACUCACAGAAAUAAAGAACUGUUAUACUGUG